GACCAAUGAGCGGCCGGUAUUUCGAACGCCGGCCUGCCAUUGGUCGCCACCUCCGGCCGCAGUGAAUCUCUCUGAAAUUCGAACGCAGAUUGCCGAACGUCUUUUGGAUUUUUUUCAUUUUUAUAACGAACGAACUGAUGAUGAACAACUAAUAUAUUAUUACCUUAAUAUUAUUAUUUAUUCUAAGGUACAAUUUACAAUCACCGUGUCUUACGUCGAUUACGUCUUAAUUUAACCGUUUUUGUUAAAUUAUUGUCUCGAUUUUCGGUUAUUUUUUACCAUUCCGAGCAAGUAUUCGCCUUCGUCACCUGCCGACCGACAUAAGUCUGACGACCAAACAAUGACGGCAAUAGUAAACAUCAACAUCCCGGAUCGUAUCAAAUGUGCGGUGAAAGAAAUCGAAAAGAAAAUGAUAGACCUUAGCGCUAAACGGCCUGCAAAUUUUCAAUGGUCGUUAAGCGAUUUUGAGGUAGGAACACCGUUGAGUCGCGGCAAAUUUGGUCGUGUUUAUCUGGCACGUGAAAAAAAUACCAAAUACAUGGUCGCUUUGAAAAUGAUGUUUAAAUCGGAACUAGUAAAGGAUAAAAUGGAACACCAAGUGCGACGCGAGAUAGAAAUACAAACGCAUUUGAGCCACCCGAACAUUCUAAAAAUGCUUACGUACUUUUGGGAUGAGAAAAAAAUCUAUUUAAUAUUGGAGUUUGCUCAGGAAGGCGAACUGUUCAAGGUAUUGAAUGCACAGCCGCAAAAGCGUUUUACCGAACCGAAAGCCGCGUACUAUUUGCGUCAAGUAGCUGACGCGCUACAGUAUUGUCACAUGCAGAGUGUCAUUCACCGCGAUAUAAAACCCGAGAACCUGUUGUUGUUCAGCCAUCACGUGGUGAAACUGGCCGAUUUCGGAUGGUCCGUGCACGCGCCAUCCAAAUGCCGGAGCACCAUGUGCGGCACCAUCGACUAUUUGCCGCCGGAAAUGGUCAAUUCUCAAACGUACAACGAGUAUGUGGACAAUUGGUGUCUGGGAGUUUUGUGUUACGAAUUUUUGUGCGGAUCGCCGCCGUUCGAGAGUACCGAACAAGCUGCGACUUUUAAAAAAAUCUGCGCCGUCAUGUAUGGUUUCAAACCUCACAUGAGCGAAAGUUCCAGGAGUCUGAUUUCAAAACUGCUAGUCAAAAUUCCCAAAAACAGAUUACCUCUGAAAGAGGUUAUGGAACAUCCGUGGGUAUUGGAAAAUUGUGAAAUUUUUAAAUCCACCGAACUUAAAAUUUCAGAUAAACUAGUAUAACAACCGUGUUUAAUAUUAUCUACAAAUUAAUCUUUUAAAUACCUUAAAAUGUAAGGGUUACAUAGAAAAAAAAAAUGUAUUAAGGGAAUCAACUUACAAGGUUGUUAGCCAUACAUUAUUAAGUAUUAUUCAAUAAUAAUUCAAAAUAUUAUUUAUUCAACUACUUGGUGAUGAACAUUACGCAUUAUUUUUUUUUUUUUAUUAUUAUUUAAACAUAGAAAAAUGUGCUUCUUUUGGAAUAUAUAUGAUGUCUACAUUAUAUUAUAUAUAUUUUUUUGUAGUUGAAUUGUAGUAUAAAAAAAAAUACUAAUACAAAUAAUUUGAAUUUUUGUAACUGGUAUAGAGACGUCGAAAAUUAAUUUUUAAUGUAUUAAUUGAAUUUUUUUUAAUUUUAUACGUUAAGACUA